AGGAGGACUGAUGACUCGGAGCUGAAACACUGAACGAGGCGCACAUUGUACUUUGUGCUGGUGGGAAAAGGAGGCGCGCAGCUCUUCUCCAUCACACUUCACUUUGCAAACACCGACAGGGUACAAAAAACACAAAGAAGCCAGGAUGUAGAAUCCAUCAGAAAACAUCCCACAAACCCCGCCAGCAGACCGUUUCUUCUGAGUCCUUGCGGUUCCGUUCGGAGCGCUCGAUCCCGGCGCUUCGUUCGCGUUUUGGCGCUGCGCUUGGUUGCAGGAGUCUGUCGAUCGAACGAGGAGGAGGAAGAGGAGGUGGAGAGGUGCUGAUCGCUGCCUCAACUCGCUGCAUGGAUCCGAGCUCUUCUUCUUCUCUUCUCACUUGUAACUGACGACUGAGAACUCUUCUGUUUCUUUUUGGAAGAGUUGGGAUUUUGUUCCCUCCUCCACUCGACCUUUUUUCGAUGCCAGUUCAUUCUGAAGACCGUCCAGUCUGAGGUGAGGAAGACUGCUUCCAAGACUCUGCUUCACAAUGGCAACAGGAGUAGCAGCGUGGCUUCCGUUUGCCAGGGCCGCAGCUAUUGGCUGGAUGCCCGUGGCCAACUGCCCCAUGCCUAUUGCACCGAGAGACAACAGCAAGAGACAAGAUGAACUGAUCAUCCUCAACGUCAGCGGCCGUCGUUUUCAGACUUGGAGAACCACCCUGGACCGCUAUCCAGACACCCUGCUGGGCAGCUCUGAGAAAGACUUCUUUUACAACGAGGAAACCAAGGAGUACUUCUUUGAUCGGGACCCUGAUGCCUUCAGAAGCAUCCUCAACUUUUACCGGACGGGAAAGCUCCACUACCCCCGUCACGAGUGCAUCUCAGCCUACGACGAGGAGCUGACUUUCUUUGGCAUCAUCCCCGAGAUCAUCGGCGACUGCUGCUACGAAGAGUACAAGGACAGAAAGAGGGAGAACUUGGAGCGGCUGCAGGAUGAUCAGGAGGAGAACAAGGACAUGAAGAUGCCCAACAUGAACUUCAGAGAGACGAUGUGGCGAGCCUUUGAGAACCCCCACACCUCCACCAUGGCCCUGGUCUUCUACUACGUCACUGGUUUCUUCAUUGCCAUCUCGGUCAUCACUAAUGUGGUGGAGACGGUGCCCUGUGGUUCCACCGCCAACCAGAAAGACAUGCCAUGUGGCGAACGUUACACGGUGGCCUUCUUCUGCAUGGACACUGCCUGCGUCAUGAUAUUCACAGUGGAGUAUCUGAUGCGCUUGUUCGCCGCGCCCAGCCGCUACCGCUUCAUGCGCUCCGUGAUGAGCAUCAUCGACGUGGUGGCCAUCUUGCCGUACUACAUCGGCCUGGUGAUGACCAACAACGAGGACGUGAGCGGCGCCUUCGUGACGCUGCGGGUGUUCCGAGUGUUUCGAAUCUUCAAGUUCUCCCGCCACUCUCAGGGCCUGCGGAUCCUGGGUUAUACGCUCAAGAGUUGCGCUUCAGAGCUGGGCUUCCUCCUCUUCUCGCUCACCAUGGCCAUCAUCAUCUUCGCCACAGUCAUGUUCUACGCAGAGAAGGGCUCCAGCUCCAGCAAGUUCACCAGCAUCCCAGCUUCCUUCUGGUACACUAUCGUCACCAUGACGACGCUGGGGUACGGAGACAUGGUGCCAAAGACGAUCGCUGGGAAGAUCUUCGGCUCCAUCUGCUCCUUGAGUGGCGUGCUGGUGAUUGCUCUGCCCGUCCCCGUCAUCGUCUCCAACUUCAGCCGCAUCUACCACCAGAACCAGAGAGCAGACAAACGCCGUGCUCAGAAGAAAGCCAGACUGGCCCGGAUAAGAAUAGCCAAGUCGGGCAGCGCCAACGCCUUCCUCCAGAGCAAGCACAACGGACUGCUCAACGAACUGCUGGAGCUGACGGGUACAGAAGAGGAUGAACACAAGCUGACAAAGUCCAUCUCUCUGUUAGAGAGCCAACACCACCACCUACUGCACUGUCUGGAGAAAACCACUCAUUUGAGGACACAACAAUGGGAUUUAAGUGAUCUUGUGACUUUGACGCAGAUGACAGCUAACAGCAGUAACAACCAGCAACUCAAGGCUCACGAGUUUGUCGACGAGCAGAUAUUUGAGCAGAACUGUUUAGAGACAGCGCUGCAGACCUUUCCUUCAGGCAGCCCCUCCAUGUCCGACCACGACAGCCCUGUAGGCGGCUGCUGUGGCCGGAGGGGAAAGAAGAACAAUCCUCUGCCCAACGCCAGCCUGCUGACCGCCCAUCCCAUCCCGACACACCAGGGCCCGCUGCAGGAGCUCAGUGCCAUCCACAUACAGAGCGGCGACCCACUGUCACACACUGCCAGCCGCUCAAAUCUCAACCUGAAAACCGGCGACAGCAGCAAGAUUAACUGCAAAGGCGGCCGCAUCACCACAGCAAUCAUCAGCCUCCCGACUCCCCCCGCUUUAACCCCUGAUGGCGACGGCCUCCACGGACCCCCACAGCGCAGACCACCCCCACCUCCAGGUAACCCUCCACCCCCCAGCAUCCAGACCACGACGAGCUCAGCUGGCAUCAACAUUGUCAAAGUCUCGGCUUUGUAACUCUCUGGCUGAUAGAAGUAACUCAGCAGUAGGAAGGAAAAGAAGAAGAGGAGGAGGAGGAGGAAGCAGGUAAGACGCGAAUGAUGGACACACCGUGUCCCCUCUCACAGGGUCAAUGAGGAGAGAGCUGAACUCCAGAGGAGUCACCAGGUACAUAAACGGAGGUAGAGGACUGUAGAUAUGUGAACUGAGAAUCACGCACUUGUCAUGUUGUGUAUGUACUGUAGAUACGGAGUGAAUUGCUGCAUUUCUAAUAGUUUCUAACAACAGUACACGUUUUACAGCAACAGUACUGUGGAAAAGAUUGAAAAGCAUCGUGCAAUUAACAUAAACAUCAGCACACACCGUCGACAUACCACAAAUUCACAGUGAAACUGUGAAAAGGAUAUUUGUAGACUUUGAAAAUUGAGGAAAGAUACAGAUGUGGACUGUGUUUGCUGGAAUUUGAUUGGUCUUGUUUGUGUUAUGUGUUGUUUGUCUUAAGAAUUUUGAGGAACAAAAAAGAAUUAAAACUGUUUUAGUUUUCGUUACAGCAUCAUUUGAAAAAGUCACAGUUCCCGAUGCUGCUAAUACCAUUGCUGAAAUGUGUGUUUCAUUUGUCAAAGACUGUAAAAAGUGUUUGUUUUUCUUGUUUUUCUGUUGGUUAAUUUUUACCAAUUCAUGAUGUUAAAAGCUCAAACCAAACUGUACUGUUUAGUUGCUUCUUACUGGGAACUGACUGCAUGGACGGAGGCUGAUUGUCUUUACACUGAGGUGAAACAAACAGUGGUUAAAAACUGAGCUGACCACAACAUUACUUUGAAGUGAAGGUUUGAUAUUUGGAUCAAAGGAUGAGGCUGGACUUGUUCUGUAUGCAUCUUAUUGUGCUUUUUGCAUAUCACAUGAAAAGCCCAAAACCAACCACUUCUUCUUUGUGACUUAUGCGUGUUCAUUUUUAGCUGUUUUAGCUAAUUUUAUUCAAACACAACAAAAAUUAAAAAAAUGUUUUGGUUGGAACUAUUUUGUGACAGAUGGAUGCAUAUUUCAAAUAUUGAGUGUUUGAAGUAGCACAAGAGUGUACUGUAAGCAGGACUCAAUGUCAGAGCCCAUGUUAAUAGUAAUCAAGAAACAUCACCCAGUGAAACGUUGUGGUUCAUUGAUAACAGUCUCCUAAUGUCUGCUCCUGAGUGAAGGAGAAGCAGAGGAGGUCAGCGAAAACAGCAGCACUGAGCUGAAAUGAAACAAAUGCACAUAAAUGAUGUAAAUAACAUUAAGGAAAUACUUAGUUGGUGUUUGUUUGUUUGUUUCGUUCGGUGGACGCACCAGACUGCACAUUUGCUAUUACAGUACUGUCUCCGUCUCGGACCAACAGUUUCAAACAGACACACACGACGAGGCUGAGCACCACAACAGAGCAGAGGAGCUCCGGUUACAAAUCACACAGAGGGAUCUUUUGAUAAUGAAGCCGUUACUUCACUCUAUCUUGACGUAGCAGAUAGUUGUUUGCUGCAACAUUAACCUUCUGAACCCCAAAACCUAAAUACACAAACAAAAAAGACAAUUUUUUUUACAUUUGUCAGAGACACAAAUUGGAAAAACAACAGAAUCCAAGCUUAAAAUUGUAAUAUUUCAUCAGACUGACUUUAUUUUACAUGUUUUUUCUUUAAUUGAUAAAAUAAAACUUUUUCUUGAUCAAGAUUCCGUAUUUUUUUAAAAACUCAUUAAAAGUUUAAAACAAGAAAAGCACUCAGAGUACUCCACCAUGGCUGCUCAGUCGUAUCAUUUUCGACGGCUGAAAAAAUUUGUGGCAGAAAUCACGACAACAUACAAUGUGCCCAUUUAAUAUAGAUGUACCCACAAACAAAAUGACCUUGCGCUGAGCACAGGCGUGUGUUAUGCAUGUGUACGUUAUGUACGGAUACUGAAUCACGUGAUCUAAACAUGUAGUGGGCGGCAGGAAUUGAUGGGACUCAGAAAAACCCCCACAAUUUAAUCAAUUGUUUCUUGUAUAAUUUUCGACGGAUAAGUCCACAGGUGGAUUUGUAGCAGGAUCGCAAACGUGAUCGUCAGCAGGCAGCUGACGUAGUGUUCACUUGUUGUCAUAGUUACAGUGAAGCCGUGACGCUAUCUCACGAUGAUACAGAAAUCUCUAACAAAUCAGUGCUUCCAGACUAUAGGCCGCAUCACUGCCAGAAUCUAAUCACAUUUCUGACCUUGCCAAAAAAUAUUAUUGAACUCCGUUAGUCCGUUUUUGUAGUAAUGUAAUGCACAGACAGAUUAACAAAUGUAAGCCGAUCGUCACAUAACCCCACUGUGUUCCUUGGCGGAGUAAUAAAAUAUGUCAUGCCUUGGUUUUUGUUCCAGCAGCACUUGUACACAUUCAUUCCAUUUUUUUUUUAAUAAUCUGAGAAAUUCAACUUCCACUUUUUUUUAAAUUUGUGACUUUAAACUCUUGUCAUACUGCACAAAGACAUUUUGGAGUUCUUUCUGCUCUCUCUGCUUGUAGUUAUGUUUAUGCUGUUCCCGUAGAGGUGCAGGACUUCAUAUUUCAGUAAAAAAUUUUGCCUACGUUGAGUAAAAAUGCCUUUACAAACUGCUUGGGGUUCAGAUGUUUAAUGUGCAAAAAGAUGCCCCUUUAAGUGAAUAACAGUAUUUUCACUAAUAAAAACUUUUUAAAAAUAUGUGACAGACAAUAAAAUAAAAUAAAGAUGUGGCUGUGUUUAUAUACAUUUUAUAGGUGCUUAAUAUUCCCAUGUGGAAUAUUGAAAGGCUACAACUGUUGUGCUGCCUUCACUCUUGUUGAAGGAUAUUCAAUAAGAACGAUUACCGUGCGCAUUUAUCGUGAAUAUUUUAGAUAUGCCAAGAAGGUUGAGUACCACUGUGAACAAACGGCCACAUGGAUCAUCAGAGAAAUAGAGCAAAUUUAUGUUCAGUUUAGUUUUUUCACACUAAAACCUAACACUUAGUCAUUUGUAGAGCUUUUAAAUGGAAAGAAAAUGGUAAAAUAUGCAAAUGUAAAAAUUGUUUUGGGGGCAUCUAGUCAUUCUGUCUCAUCUUAGAUCAUCUUCUCACAUUGUUUUUUCUACUAAAGGGAAAAACAAAGCAGUCAAGACAAUGCAACCCUCUGUGCCACUGCUCCUUUGUUAGGAUGUUUUUUUGAGUUAUAGAUCAAAUCUACUGGCACCCAGAUUUGUUUCCUUCGGUUUUUGUAUUUUGUGCCUCAAGUUAAACUUAUUGCCAAAAAAAUAAUUAUGAAUUUCUCAUACAAAACUGACUAAACACAAAUUUGAAUGUAUCUUAAUAAAUUUAUAAAGAAAUGUAAACGUAUACAAAAGAACAAAAGUUUCACAGAAGACUCAAUUUCCGCUUAGUGUCUUUUUCAAACAUUUGAACCGCAAACGCAAAUUUUCUUUACAUCAAAUUUGCUAAAGUAGUGACAACAUGUAACAACAAGAAGUUCUAAAUGUGCUUUAGAAUAAUCAUACAAGCUGAAAAUGCAAGAAAAUGCCAGUCAAUUAACCUUUAUGUUGGGAUUGUUUGUCAAAGAAUUACUCUGAAAAUCAUAAUAAACUGAUCUGCUUUAAUUGAGGCUGGAAAAACUCAGUCUCAAAGAUGCUCACAAGAUGGCAGCAAAGAUGCAUUCUGACACUGAAACAAACCAGAAAAUGAGUCCUUAUAGUCAGUCCUUUCUGACUAUAAGACUUCUAGACCAAUCUGCUGCACAUUGUUGCUCAUUUGAACUUAGAUGGCUGUUGUUUGGAUAGUUUGUGACUAUUUGCCAUGUGUGCUAUAUUUAUCUGUAUCAAAUAAACACUGUGUUUAUUUGUCUUUUGGUUUCUUUGCUUUUGCUGAAGUGGAUAAUUUUACAUAGUGUGUUUUUUCCAAUCACAAAGCACCAAGUGAAGUUGUUUUUUGCUGUAUUGGUAUAACUUGUGUUGCAUUUCUGCAUUUUGUCAUGUUUUAAAACUCUACUUUGCCAAAAUGGUCACUUUCCAUCCACUGUAAGAACAAAUAAAGUAGUGACACUCUUUAUGCUCCUUUACAAAAAAUGACAAACCCUUUAGAUCUUUUUUUUAAUCACACCGUUAUCGCUGAAAAUAUCAAGCAUCGCCUCAGUCAUGGUGUUCAUAACUUGGGUCUUGGUUCCCACUGGAGCAGUAUCUACACAUUAGGGCUUUUCAACUGUAUCUUUUUUUACGUUAGAGAAAGCACCUCUCUCACAUCGGAGUGACUAAUGUACAAUGAUACUGGUGUCAUUAUGUGAUGGACUUGACUUCAAAGGCAUUGUUGGGGUCACUUUUUUAAAAGUCUUGGCAUCGCUGUUUGUGUUGUUUCUUAUCUUUUUCUCCUUUCAAACUGAGCUUUUCUGUCUGUUUUCUGUGUACACAGUAUUCUGUCAGUUUGUUUGUUAUAACAACUAUGAAGUGUCAGAUGACAAUUAAAAUCUGCCA